AUGGUUCGUUCAACCACAUACACGGCACUUGCUGCCGCCACUCUCUUUUCACAACUCUCCUCCGCCGCCAUCACCGCUUGCCCUAACGAGGAGGUCGUCUGGAUCACUCCCAUCGGCGUCAAAUACACCGUCUGCCCCGGCUCAGACUUCCAGUAUGGCGGCAACAGUCUGCAACUGGUCAAGGACGUCAACACGACCAAGGAGUGCGUCCAGAUCUGCGACACGGACGCUCGCUGCUACCGGGCCGUCUACGACAAGAAGGACAAACUCUGUCACGUCAAGGAUAACAAGAACGAGAUGAACUGGGCUACCGACGACCGAUUCGACUCCAUCCGCAUGACCAACGACAUGCCCGAGGGCACCUUCAUCGCAACCUGCCCCUUCGACGAAGAGCCUUACAAGGUCCCCAACACCAACGCCGAGUACCGGGUCUGCCUCAACACCGACUACACUGGUAACAGCGCCAAGCAGGUCAAGGAUGUCACCACGAUCCAAGCCUGUGCCGAACUCUGCUCCAACACCCAGGGCUGCAACAAGUCCGUUUUCGACCACAUCAACAACGUCUGCCACAUCAAGGGCGCCGAGCCCGACAACUCGCUCUUCUGGGUCCAGAACAAGCAGUUCACAACCAUUCACGUCCCUGACGCCUACCAGCCAGCCGUCGAGGGCAAGUGGGGAGACCUCAUCCGUCUUCCCGUGAUCCCCGUCGCGGCUUACAUCGUCCCUGCGUACCCCCAGCCUGACAGACUGUUGUUCUUCUCCUCUUGGGGCAAGGAUGCCUUUGGUGGUGCUUCCGGCAAGACUCAGUACGGCGACUACAACUUUGCCACCGGUGAGAUCUCCAACCGCACCGUCACCAACACCCACCACGACAUGUUCUGCCCGGGUCUGAGCCAGCUUGAGGAUGGUCGCAUCAUCGUCCAGGGUGGUUCCGACGCCGAGGCCGUGAGCAUCUACGACCCGGCCACCAACGAGUUCACCCGCGGCCCCGACAUGAAGAUUGCUCGUGGCUACCAGACCUCAGCCACCCUCUCCAACGGCAAGGUCUUCACCAUCGGUGGUGCGUACUCCGGGCCCCGCGAGGGCAAGAACGGCGAGAUCUAUGACCCCGUCGCCAACGAGUGGACCCUGCUCAACGGCGCCGACGUCAAGCCCAUCCUCACGACCGACCACGAGGGUAUCUGGCGCGAGGACAACCACGCCUGGCUGUUCGGCUGGAAGAACGGCAGCGUCUUCCAGGCGGGCCCCGGAAAGGACCAGCACUGGUUCGGCACCGAUGGUGAAGGUUCCAUUAUGAAGGCGGCCACCCGUGACGAUGACGAUGCCAUGUGCGGUAUCUGGGUCAUGUACGAUGCCAUCGCCGGCAAGAUCCUUUCCGCAGGCGGCAGCCCCGACUACACCAACAGCGACGCCAACAAGCACGCCCACAUCACCACCAUCGGCGACCCCAACACCCCUUCCGAGGUGGAGCGUGUCGCGGACAUGAGCUUCCAGCGUGGCUUCGCCAACGCCGUCGUCCUCCCUGACGGCCAGGUCCUCGUGACCGGUGGCCAGCGCAAGUCUCUCGUCUUUACCAACACUGACGGUAUCCUCAUCCCCGAGCUGUUCAACCCUGAGACCAAGGAGUGGAAGCAGAUGGCUCCCAUGGCCGUUCCCCGCAACUACCACUCCGUCUCCAUCCUCAUGCCCGACGCUACCGUCUUCACUGGCGGCGGUGGUCUCUGCUACAUCCAGACCAUCGGCGCCUCCAGCGACAACUGUGACAAGACCGUCGACCACGCCGACGGAGAGAUCUUCCAACCCCCUUACCUCUUCAACGCCGACGGCACUCUCGCCGCCCGUCCCGUCAUCUCCGCCAUUGGCACUGACGCCGUCAAGGCCGGCGGCACCAUCACGUUCACGGUCGAGGGCCUCGAGGGCCAGGGCAAGGUCACUCUGAUCCGCAUCGGCACCGUCACCCACUCGGUCAACAGCGACCAGCGCCGCAUCCCUCUCGACGACGUCCAGGUCAACGGCCAGGAGUACUCCGCCAAGCUGCCCGAGGACUACGGCAUUCUCCUCCCCGGCUUCUACUACCUGUUCGUCUCGACUCCGGCGGGCACGCCCAGCAUUGCCAAGACUGUGCACGUCGUCUUGUAA